UUCCAAAGAAAAAAACAAAGCCGAUUCCCAAAGGGCCGUCGGCGAAGGCAGCGUUAUCCCGACAGUUUCGCUGCCGGACGCCGAUAAACAUCCCUUGGCCGAGCUGAGCACCGGGGGCUAUGGAUGCGCGCCGCUGGAGGGGUCUCCCGCCCGGGAAUCUCUCCGACUGUCCCAACGGCUCCCGCUGGGUGAUGGACGUGUUCAACGAAUGCGCCCAGGACGGCUGGGACAUCGCCAGCGUCGUCCUGGGUCUGGUUUCCAUCCUCUGCUUUGCGGCUGCCUCUUUUCCGCAGUUUUACCAAGCCUGCAGAACGGGCAUCAUGGACCAGGCUCUCUCCAUAUAUUUCCUGCUGGGAUGGCUGGGCGGAGACCUCCUAAACCUCAUCGGUUCCUUCCUGGCCGAUCAGUUGCCGCUGCAGGUUUACACGGCCAUUUACUACGUGCUCGCAGACCUGGUGAUGCUCUCUCUCUACUGCUACUACAAAGUGAAGAACCGGGGCGGAGGAUUUGCUGCCCUGAUCAACGCAGCCUUCGUCUUCCUUUCCCUGGGGACGGUGUCGACCGUCUCCUCCCUGGGCAGAGGUGCCGUCGUGGCGCAGGACCCGGCGACGUUUAAAGUGAGGUCUCUGCUGUCCGCUCGCAUGGAUGAGCUUGGGUCAAAGCCUUUCACCAGGAGCGAGAUCAUUGGCUUCACCAUCGGCUCCGUCUCCUCUGUGCUGUACCUGUGCUCCCGAGUCCCCCAGAUCUACACUAACUACAAGAGGAAAUCCACCACCGGGGUCUCCUAUUCCCUUUUUGCCCUGGUGAUGUUGGGGAACUUGCUCUACGGCCUCAGCGUCCUCCUGAAGAACCCCGAGCCGGGGCAAGGCGAAGGCAACUACGUCCUGCACCAUCUGCCCUGGCUGGUGGGCAGCCUGGGCGUCCUUUCCCUCGACGUGGUUAUCUCCUUCCAGUUCCUUGCUUAUCGGAGAGGAAGACCCAGUACCCGCGAAGAGAGGGAUGCUCUUCUCGGCGAGCAAGGUGACAGCUUGGAGAGCUGACGAAGGGACCUGCCCUGGAGUGAGAACAGGAUGAUGCGGACGAGAAAGCUGGCCCUAAAGCCGGGCAAACCGGCCCCUCCAUCCUGGUGGCUCUUGGGAGAAGAGGACUUGAGCCAGUGGGUGACAUGUUGUGCUGCUAAGCCGCGACGCCCAGCCGGGUGGCAGAGGAUGCUGCUGAGAGACCGCGUGCCUCGUUGAUACCGAUGAUGGUAUCGGGAUAAACAGGGAAUUAUUUGAUACCUCAAAAGGUCGCUCUUUGCUGCUCUUACGCCCCACAGCUGAGCCCGGUCACUUUUGCUUUACCUGCUGUCUUCUCAAGGGUGAUCUGGAGCUCCCUCGGUAGUGGCAAACGUGAGAAGAGUUUAAGGGGCUGCGGGGAGGGGACAGGGAUGACCGACCUGCCACGAACACGAGCGCCGCUUACCUCUGUGGGCCUCUCGUCUCCACCGCUGAGCUCUUUCUGGAAGAUGCGGCGGUGGCUGGAACCAGUUCAGGAGGAAGGGAAGGAGCAGCGUAACCAAAGUGCUUCAGUCCACGCAUACCUAUUUUAAUUAGCACGGCUCACACGUCUAUAAAACAAGCCCUUGCCCCACG